UUGUGAUAUUCUUGCCAAACAUGUUUAUAAAUGUGUGAUUUAAUUUUUGUCUAAAUUUUUCCUGUUUUUGUUAAACGGAAAUUUCGUUUUUAUACAAAUAAAAAUUAGGUCCCAUCAAUGAGUCCAAUGUCAAUUUUAAAGGGAUUGAAAUGAAAUUAUACAAAUUGAUUGUUCACAACAAGAACUUUAGUGGCGAAGAUUUAAUUUUGAAUCCAAAGGACUUUCCAAACUUGAGGAAAGGUGACAUCGUUGAAAUAUAUCAUCCAGAAGAUGAUUUCAGCAGAUUAUUGCUACAGAUCACCUUAUUCAAGGAUGACUUGCAGGGAAGAGAAGCGAUCAGCGUGGACUCGACUAUUGCCAGCACUUUCCAGCUGCGCACAUAUGCGGAUGUGCACAUGAACAUAGUGAACCCAGACACAGUGGCCCUUGAUUCGGUCGAGCUCACCUUCAAGGACCAGUAUCUGGGCAGAAGUGAAAUGUGCAGAAUGAAAAAUAGCCUGGUAAAUUAUGGCUCUCUAUUAUUACUACCAUCUGGAUUCAAUUCUAUUAUUCAACAUAUUUAUGACUUUGAGUUUGAAUAG